AUGUGGAAAGAGCGCAAAGGGCCCGAGUGCAAGGGCAUCCAAGUGGAUUUCAGCACCAGUCGCGAGCGCCUUCAGGAGAUGAGGGAGCGUGCAGCCCACCCGAGGAAGGACGACUUCACCUUCAUAGGCUUCGGAUUGUCGACGUAUUCGCCCGAGUGGAUGGAAGAAGGCAAGCACCUUCCAUACGUCAGGGGUGUCGGCCUCAUUGCUGUCUACACGGACAACGACGAGCUGAUGAAGCAGAUCGAGGAGCGCAAGCGCAUCAAGCGCGAGCUGCAGAAGAACGCCGGCAACAGAGGAGACCUGCAGGACGGGAAUGAGCCUGAUGACGACGAUGACUUGGUCGAGGUCGAUGACGAUGAAGACUUGUUCGACUUUGACGAUGGCGAGGCGACGGACGACGGUCAGGCGUUGGUGGAGAACGAAGUGGUGCGGGGACUUAAGACCCCGCGUGGCCCGGCUGUUGUCCCCGCGUCCAUUACCAUGGCUGAGGUGAGAGAUCGAGCCGUGGAGAAAGCCAAGUACUCGGUGAACGCCAUGUACAAGUUCUGGGAGCGCCGGCUGGACGGCUUCAGCGACCGGUAUGUGGACUCGUGCCGACGACUUACGGUGCAAAUGGAAAAGCAGGUCGUGAGCACGCCGCACAACGUAAUGUGGCUGGUGCAGAGGAUCGAGGAGUACGUUCUCGGGAAGGACGAUGAUGGAAAGAAGUAG